ACACGUGCUAUGUGACUGGAAAACAAUCCAAUCAGAAGUGCGAAGAAGCAGUGAACCCCGAUGACAUUUCCAAUUCAUGUAAAUAUUUUGUUAAGCUGCGUAAUAUUGAAAGCAGAGCUCACCAUGUAGGCAACCAGUUUCAGUUCCUUAAAGUUAAUUUGAUCGUUCAGCAUGGAAAUGUUAACAAUCGAAUAAAAUCACCCAUGAAACAAUGACCCACUAGUCGAGUGCAAAACGAAUAAAAACAAACUCUUCAACCGAUUGACUAUGGAUCCGAAGCUCAAGUCCGAGUCCGCCGAGAUACGUUCUUUCGUUCUGUUCAAGAACUUUACCCAGCGAACGGUAGAUAUUUAUUGGGUAAAUUAUUCCUCAAAGUUUAUCCACUAUUCCGCACUGGAGCCAGCGGCUCAGGUGCCGGUUAACACGUAUGUAACGCACCCGUGGGUGUUUAUCGAUAAAUCCACCGGCGAACGGAUGCUGGUCAAGCACCAGCCGGUUUACUAUCCGGAACCGUGGUACACCAACAUAGACGCCAACGGUAAGCUGGCCCGGAUCGAGGUCCAGAUACACUACCCUUUGCGGUGUUUGCGCGAUAUCUGCGCGUGGAACAUAUUUGCCGCAUUGCGUGGCGACAAGCGCGGCUUCAUCGAGUUGGAACUGCCGAAAAGUUUGGUUGAGGAACUGCGAGAAUGCUAUAAUCUCUUUUUGAUGGCUAACAGGAUAGCUAAGUGAACGUGGUGAUAUUAUUUUCCGUUUUUUAUACACAUUUUUAUAUAUCCAUAGAUGUAAUAAAUGAGUGAGUGGUUAAAUUAACAACAA